GGUACCAAGAUUUUGCUCACGUUUGACCAUCAACACAAACGACCACUGCCAUACAUGUACUACAGGUAUGUACAUGUUAUAGCAGUGUAAAACGGUAAAUGCAUGAAUCCUGGUCAGAAGACAUUUCGGCCCAAGCCUCCUGAUAAAGGAAGCUUUCCUCUAGACCAUGAAGGUGAAUGCAAGGAGUUCAUGGUCAAGUACAUGCGGUGUUUGAAGAAUCAUAGCAAUGACAAUAGUCUCUGUAGAGAUGAAUCGAAGUCCUACCUCCAGUGUAGAAUGGAAAGGAAUCUAAUGGCAAAGGAGGAGUUCAGUAAACUUGGGUACAAAGACGAAGUUACUGAACAAUAGCUAUUAUGUACAUGUACGGUGUUAUAAAUUCAUGCUCAUGCAGUGCUAAGUAUAAAUAGUUGGUUUGAUUUAG